AUGACGCUUCCCGUCGACAACUGGACCAUGCCCGAAAUCGGAGCGCUGGAUUUCGAUCCAAUCAUCGCCGCAUUAAGCGCCGUCUAUUCCGACGACGGGUCGCCCGCGUCGCUGGCGGCGCUGGCGAAGGAGCGGCCCGAGGCGCUGAAGGCUCUGUCGGAGCUCCUCGCGUUCCACAUGGCGACGUCGGCGCUGGACGCGGCGGCCAUCGCGGCGCAGUUCACGGCAGAUGCGGGCAACCUGACGACGGUGAACGGGCAGGGGCUGUGGAUCAACUACAACGCGAGCCAGUCCGCCGCGCUGCUCAACGCGUACUCGCCCACGCAGCGCGCGCUGAUGAGCGAGGGGACGAUCCCGUAUUGGGUGAAGCGGAAUGGCACGGAAUUCUACAUGAACGGCACGAUCGCCGUCGCUAACGGAACCGUCCUGUUUGACCCCGCGGAUAGCCUGUCUUGGAUUGAAUACCAUAUGAGCCUGCUUGACAACGAGCCCAACGAGCAGUCGCCUCCCUCCAACAGCUCCGCGCAGCCGCACAUUCAAUCUGCAGAGCCUCCCCUGGCGGACCUCGCCCUCACCGAAAAGGCCCCCCGGCGCCUGGCGAACAUGUACGCGUCGUGGGGCAUGUGGGGCAUGGGGGGAUUCGCGGAGUGGGAGGCGCGGCCCCCCUACUUGAGCGAGUGGAGUGAGGAGGAGCAGCAGCAAUUGGCGGGCAAGGUGACGCGGUGGAUGAACCGGAUGGUGCCGGGGCUGACCCUCUCCGGCAGUAAGUACCUCGCGUGGCUCAACGCAUACGAGGACGCGCAGGAGGAAGGCUCUGAUACCAUGUGGGAGCAGGCUGGCAGCGACAUGAACGUGGCUCGGGUGGUGUGGGCUGAUGUGAUGGAGAGCGCUGGCAUGGUGGUGCAUGGCGUGGAUGGCGUUCUGUUUCCCCGCCUCAGAGACAACCCGUAUAAUAACACGAACAUGACAAGUAACGGCACGGCGGCCAAUGGAACCAGCGACGGGAAAGCGAAUGGGAGCAGUUAUGCCUAUGGGAGUGGAAGGGCGGAUGGCAGUCCUGCCAGCAGCAGGGACUCCAGUGGAGGAAGCAGCAGCAAGGGAGAUAUUAGUAGCAGCAGCACAGUGCCCACUGCGGGGACAGCUGCGACUGGCACACCUGGAAAUACCUGUCUGUAA